AUGGCCUUUCAGGUCCCAACACAUGUUCCUCGUCGUAGGACCUCCUAUUCGACCCCCCAACCGCCUACCCUCGAGAUCCCCUCCGCACGAGAACAACCCGAUGACGACACCACACAAUGGGUCCUAUUUUCCCCGACUGCUCGUACACACACGACAUCCACCGAUCAUACGCGCACCAUAGGUGCGACUCGACUCAGUGACUUUGGCUCCUUCGAUGCAACGAGGUCUGCGUAUGAUGCCGGGGGUGAAGCCGAUGGCGAGAAUGCCCUUGACGACCAACUGGACGAAGAUGGAACAGAACUGGACAGCCUGGACGAUGGACUACACGACUUUCGGGCACCAGAUUUAGCCCCGACUUCUCCGACGCGGUUUGACCAGGGUCCACCGGCGAUGCUUCCGGCCCAUGAUGGAUUAGGCAGUUUCCAUGCGUCUAGUCAGGCAGUACAGGAUCAGCUUUGGCGGCAUGAACAAUACAAUCCUCAGCGGCCCUCGUUUGGUCAUCGCCGUCACUCAAGCGUGCAGAGGCAUUUGGAUACCGUCGAGGAAGACGACGCAAAUGUUGAGCGCCAACGGUGGCAGCGAAUCGAACAAUGGCGCAUGGAUCAGAGCCGGGCUCUGUUGCAGGAGAUCGAAAAGGAAACCCGUCAGCGGCGGGCUAGUCUGACCAGCCGAUCAAGUGCUCAUCGUUCAAUAAACCGCAACCCCCAACCUAGUAUCUCGGAGGUACUUGCUAGAGAAACCGAUUUGCCGGAACAUGCCUCAGAGGACGAAGACAGUUUCUGGCGCCGUAUCACACGAAAGGUGAUUCGAGACUUGAUUGGCAUCGAUGAUGCCUUGCUCUCUGUGAUUUUUGGCGAGGAGUUGCCGCUAGACGCGCAAUCUCGUGAGCAGGAGGAGCCUCUAGAUAUGGAAACAGUACUGGCUCGUGAACCAGAGCCGGACUUCAGCGAUUCAUCACUGUGGCAGACGAAGGUGCUUCAGAAGAUCGCCCACGAGCUGGACAUUCUCGUCCAUCAACUGUGCGAACAUCCCGGGGCAUUUACAACGUAUUAUCAGAUGACGAAAGAUAUAUCUUCCGAGUAUGCAGGCAUGCCCCUCAACCGCCUAGACGAAAGCGGCGUAUCCCAAAAACCCGCCGAGUCCGCCGCACCAACCACACCAGAUACUACCGCCGAGUCCAUGCCAUCUAUGCGGUUCAUACCCACUCUUCACGAUGCGAAUAAGGAGCACGAAGCACAAUGGGGCAUUGAAGAUGACGAUCCAAAGGGAUCUGACUCGUUACCCGAAUCAACCCGACUUCAACAAGAAUCCGAAUACUGGGAACGCGGACUCGAUGUCAUGAUGGUCUUCCGCUACCUCCGCAGCCGAUUUAGCCGUCGAGGCUACAUGCAUACUGACACCCACACACCGUCUCCACACCGCCGUGGACAAGAUGCAUCCCGCCGGGCGGCCAUCAUCCGCCAACAUCACCCGCUCGUAGCGCGUGCCCAUACUCGAACCCAAACCCAAAACCGUCGCGCCUCACAGUUCUCCGGCGUCACGAACCCUGCGGGGAUUGCUUCGCCUCUUCUCCGGCCGCACCUCCGCCGGCCUAGUUCUAGUUGCGCCAGCCAAAGCGCCAAGCUCUCAGUUCUUUCCAGCCGGCGGACAAUGACAGGGUCUAGCCGGAACUACUGGGAUAUCGGCGGCAGCGAGAGCAAUAGCGCCAUUGGUGUCGGAGCUGGGCUCGGCACUUGGGGUGAGGCUUGA